CACUGCCAAUACACUUAAUCACUGACCUACUAACACAGAUCCAUGAGUCACUUGCCACCUUGAGAAGAAUAAGACAAGGGAGAGGAGCGAGUUUCUCCUUAACUUGAAAGCUGGUGAAGACUGAUUUCCUUAUUAAAUCGGUGGAAGUCGUAUUGCUUCUUUGAGCUUGAUACGCGGCGGAAAACCAGACCUACCCAGGUGCUAGAAAAGGUACAGAUUGAUUUGAGAUUUUCCAGAUCAAGUGGAUUCAUUCAGUGGGACACUUAGAAUUGCUGUAUACAAGCAUGAUGGUAUUCAGUUGAAGACCUAUGAACUGUGAUAUUAUGCAAUCAGUCAAGCAGGAGGUGGACUCCAAUGAGUCCUACAGUGGAGAAGAUGCUCUGGUUCUUGCUGUAGCCUUACAAGGAGCUACCAGAGACCUGAUAGGCCACAAAAUCUCUGCAAUUCCCUUCAAGACUAAGUCUACAUGUCGCAGAAAAAGAGAGUUUAUCCCAGAGGAGAAGAAAGACACCCUUUACUGGGAGAGGCGUCGUAAAAACAAUGAGGCAGCAAAGCGCUCAAGGGAAAAGCGUCGCAUAAACGACAUGGUGCUUGAGAACAAGCUGAUGGCUCUUGGAAAGGAAAAUGCCUCCCUCAAGGCUGAGCUGCUGUCACUGAAGCUGAAAUUUGGCCUGAUGAGCUCAGCAGCAUAUGCCCAAGAAGUCCAGAAGUUAUCCAAGUCCACCUCUGUCAACCUCUGUCAGGAGUUUGUUACACCGAGUUCUAACCAAAGUUCUACCAGCAGAGAUCUGGAGCCUCCUCACCUGCGCAGCAGCUGCAUAUCAGUCAUCAAGCAUUCACCUCAAAUACCUGAGACAUGCACACCAACAGAGGGUAGCUUUACUUUCUGCAGAACUGCAAAUGUCAAGCAAGAACCAGCAGAUGACGCCAGCUGUGCACAAGAAAGGAGUAGUCCUUAUGAAUUCUAUACACUCUGCAGGGCCAGCACUUUGCCUGGAAUCUACACUCAGCCCGCCUCAUUCAUGCAGAUUGCUAGGUCAUCCAGUAACUCACCUCGGAGCUCAGAUGAUGGUGCUGUAAGCAAAUCAUCAGAUGGUGAAGAUGAGCAGCAGGUCCCCAAAGGGUUGGUGCCAUCUGUUGCUGACCCAAGAAGUGUCAUUGUCUCCACACACAAAGUGCCGGAUGCCUCUUCUUCAGCUUUGCCGCAUAAACUGCGGAUCAAAUCCAGAACUAUUCAAAUCAAAGUAGAGGCCAUUGAUCCAGAAUACGAGCCCUCUAGAAAGUCGUCUCUCGUCAGUGUUUCAGAAGGAGAAUGCUACCAGAUCGCUCAGGAUUCUUCAGAGGACAUGCAGGCCUCCCACUGUCCUUUGUCAGUGCAGGUCAACAAUAUGCAGAACUGGACCCACCAUUCAGAGCAGUGGCAUUGCAGGGUGGCUGGAAGAGUACAAAUUGAACACUGAGCCUGUCUCAGACAAAACGUGUUGAUUUAUAAGAAACUUAAUUUUAACCCUCAAGUGUUGAGGGCUUGAAUCUAAAACAGGGCCUUGCUACCUGCUGAUAGAGUCAACCAGAAGCACCACUGAUCUUCAUGCGUCAUCAACAAAAGGAUAAUCCUCUGAAUGACCAUUAUGUGUUUUGCAUUUCCACUGGAUUCACUGUUGCACUGUGGGGUUGACAUGUAGGCUAAACCAUGCUUUGAUUUGAUACAUUUUUAAAUACAAAGUGUUUAAGUAAUGCCAGAGUCUCAAAUAAUAGCUUUUUGCAUGGACACUCAAAAGCUGUUUGCUAAUAUAGUCUGAGGGGGAGUUGAAUUACAUGUACAAUAAGCAUUAACAUGGUGAAUUCAGUACUAUGUACAAUACCCCAGCACAAAUUCCAACAUCGAAGUUAUACUCACCACUCUGCUCCUCAGUUUUUCUUCUCUAACACCAAUUUUUUUCAAUCAUUCAUCAAUUUCUCUAUUACUCUGACUUUUUUUUUUACAACCUCUGUUAUGUUACAAUAAUACAAUUUAACACUUUUUACAUUUCUUUAACAUAUAUUCCUGUUAUAGUCUGUUAAGAACAGAUGCGAUUACGCCCUUAAAUUUACUGGUAAUUGUAAAUAGUCUUUUUGUUUAGAAAAUGAAUAAUUGGCAGCCGAGUGGUAAGCAUGACAUGAUUGUUUGAUCAGAUUCAUUGCUGAAAUGUACAUGAUAUUAAAUGUAUUCAGUAUCAUCUUCCUCCAUGUUUAGAAAAUAAACAUUGCUGAAUUGUUGUUUGCAAUAACAAAUUAGCAAAUGAAAACAGAAGCAUAUAAGAAACAUGAAUCUCAGAUGAAUCUGUUUCAUGUAAACACCUGGUUCUCUCUGUAGCAUUUGUGGUUUACUCCGGGAUGUCUGUACACUCUGGACACUGAGAAACUACUGUAAAUUGUAUAUCAAUUGUGUGUGACAGCCAUCAUUAAUGUGAAAGACAUUGGUAUGUGUGAAGCCUUUAUUUUUCUUUUACAAGAUUAUUUAUGACUGUUGUCACUGGUCUCCACCUAUCAGUAUACACCUGCUGUCACCGAGCACUGUUCUACUUUGAUAUUGUGGAGCUGGAAAAUUCCCCAGUUUAUUCACAGCUGCCACUUGCCUGCCUUACUGCCACUAUCAUUACAUUUGUGGCUGGUGGCAAUCUUUCCAUUGUUUGCCUUAAAGCUGAAAAUCCUAAUUAAAUCAUUUUAUAUGGGUAUGUAUCCAUUUAUAUGUUCAUGUGGUGACAUAUUUAGAGUGGUUGGAAACAGAAUCUUUAUCUUUCUGUAUAAAGAAAUAUUUAGUCCUGAGGAUUUGGUAUUUCUGAAUAAUUAUCCAAUUAUUUAAAAGAAAUUUCUUGAAGAGCACUAUUUAGCACUUAUUAUGGAAAGAGGAUGUGUUUCAUCAGUGCAUUUCAAACUACUUAAAUCAACUGCUAAAGAAUGUAGGGAUUUCUUAGUCGAUGCACAGAGGGGUAGUUGAACACACACAAUUAUGGAAUUUGUUUACAAAGUUGAAUGAAUUACUCUUUACUUGAAAUUAAACAACACUUUCCUUCAAAGGACAUUUUACCACAAUUAAGUAGUAGUUCUUUUCAAGAACUUUAUAACCCCGUGACACCUAUUGUUGCAACUCAUCAAAGCUCUUUCAUUUAGACUGCAGGUGAGAUAGCAUAACCAUUCCCUGAUUGCCAGUUUAUGCAUAUGGAAUAUGUACCUUGGAACCUUUUGCAAGGACUGGUUUCUCGUAGAAUCGGUCAGAGUGGGACCUAAAUUAUUAUAUAUCUGUUUUUAUUAUUAUGUAUUUAUUCUAUGUGUAAUAGACAAAUUAAUGAUCUCCACUUAUUUUAGCAUCAGCUGGAAAGCAAAAAACACAGUUUUUUAUUUAAUUGUAAAUAAAUUCAGCUGUCAAGGGGUUUAAAGUAAUCUAUCAGAAAGGUGCAGACCCAUGAAAUGCAGCAUUGCUUUGAUCCUGUAAAUAUUGCUUUCUGUCAUGACUUCUGUAAAACGACUUGAGGCUUAAACAUGUUGGAGUCAUUGUCACAGCCUUCCUGCAGUGAGCUCAAACAACAUAUGGCACACAAAACACUCAGUUGUCUCUGCUUUCAAAAAGAAGAAAGAUGUAGAUUUGUCUCUAAUUUUGGUAUCGCCCCUGCUACAGUCACUGGUUCACUGUUUGCUGAAUAGUCUUUGCCUGCCUUGUUUUCCAGUGGUUUAUGGAUUUACCUAUGGACUUAAAACCUUACAGGCUGCUGGUUAAACCCAGAAUAUAUGUGACACUGGCUGGAAAAUAGUGUCUUGUGUCUGAUGGCACUGUCAUGAAUAUAAAUGGAUGGAUAGAUGAAAGCUUUGGGCACAUUUUGACACGCUGUUUUCUCAGUUUAUGGAAAAUGAACAUUUUAUCCAUAAAUCUCUAAAGCAUUUGGUGUUAAA